GGUUGAGCUGGGAUGCAUUACAUUUUUAUAAUCACGUGAUUCUAACUUUUUCUAUUUAAGACCCAAGUUUGGAUGGAAUUAGUCAAUUCAAAAUAAAGUUACAAAAAGAAAACUUAAAAACUAAGACAAUGAAGCCCUGUCUCGCCGUACUUCUUUUGGCAACAGCUUGUUAUGCCUUCCCAAAUGGAGCACCACCCGAUUCUUGCGAGGAUCUAUUGCCUAAACAUGCUAAAAAAGGAGCCGAUGGAAAACCUACUAAAGAAUUUUUUCAAGUUCAAACAAGUGUUUCUCCAUACAAACUAGAAGUUAAAGCUUUAAAAUGUGAUUUAGUUGAACUAACUAUUAUUGGUGCCAACUUUAAAGGAUUUAUGAUCCGAGCUUACGACAAAGAAGGAAAACCAAUAGAAGGACACUUUGUAGAAGAAGAUGGAUUAAAAACUAUAAAAUGUGACGAAGAUGAAGAUACAGCAACACACACUAAUUCCAAAGAAAAGGAUAAUUUCACCUUUCAAUGGAAGUACCCAGAAGGUUGUGACAAAGAAGAAGACACAGAAGUUAUUUUCAAGGGAAGCAUAAUGAAGAGUUAUUCCAGAUUUUGGAUGGUCGAAUCUGAACCUGCCAUACUUAAAAAUUCGGAUUAGAAAAGCAUUACAAAUAUUUAAUUGUUGAUUUAAAGUUAUUUAAAUUUACAAGAAAGCGUUUACAUGUUUUUUUUUUAUUUUCAAAUUUGAUUAAUAAAACAGA